UUAGUAGAGAGAGCUCGAUUCUACAACAAAUAUUUUAACACAAAUAUUUUACAAAAAUUAUUUUAAAAUUUUUUGUUUGUUUUUGUGAUGUAAAAAAUAAGUUCUUUGAAUGAUUUUAGCAACUGUCGUUUCGGUCAAUAGUUUUACAAAUACGUUACACAAAGCCUUUUAGCGUGUGGAGCAGACUCUGAGAGUUGCAGCGAUAACGUCGAUAUAUUUUAUUUAGACAGCUAUAAACAGACAUACACACCUUUCUACACAGAUUUGAAGAUGAUUGGAAAACUGAUUGGCUUUAUAGGUGGCAUGGCGACUGCUGCUUUUGUCGCAUAUUGCGUCUACUUUGAUCAUCAACGCCACAGCGAUCCGGACUUCAAGAGGAAGCUGCGGGAGCGUCGUCGCCUAGCUCGCCGGAAACAGGAGGCUAUGAUGGCGGGUGGUCCCGAUCUGUGCGAUCAGGACGGUAUCGAGAAGUACUUCCUCCAGGAGAUAAAAAUGGGCGAGGCGUUGAUUUCCAGCGGGGAGUUCGAGACUGGCGUGGAACACUUGACGAAUGCCAUUUUGGUGUGCAAUCAGCCGACUCGCUUGUUGCAAGUCCUGCAGGCCUCUCUGCCGUAUCAAGUGUUCGAUAUGCUGAUCACAAGGAUGCAGGAGUUUGGCACCCGCAUAACAACAAUCAAAGAAGUCGGAGAUGCCUUCGAACCCGCUCCCCUAACCGACGACCUCGAAUAGGGACAACAGUGAAGAUAUUCUAUAACAUGUUAUCUAAAGAAUUUAUUCAUGUUCGAAUUGGGAGCUCUAAAUUAUCGUUGAGCACUCACACUAUACAGCGAGUAUGCAUUCUAGACAUGGGAUUCUAAUUACUGUUCCAUAAUUUAUUAAGUUGUUCAAAAGGGGAGAUAGGGUUCUGUAAAUUAAAAAAGUUUUCAAGACGUCGUAGAUACACGUGGAUACAAAAAAAAAAAAACCUUCAUCUUCAACUUUUGUUCAUAAUCGAUAGCUUAACUUUUGCCAAAGUUAAUCAAAUACUAGCAUAAAGAACCAUUCAAACGUCUGGAGAAAUUGUUCGAUUUGCCAGACAUCAUGGUGUUUCUUGAGAAAAUGUGUGACAAGUUUUACCGGCGAAGUUGUUGUUGUUUUGGGAUGUACGAGUAUGCACUCUAUAUAGCCAUUAAUUGCAAGAAGAGAAAAUCGAUAAGCCUCUUUUGUAUAUAUAUGGCAGUAUAUUGCAAUUAUUCACUUAAAAAAGUAUUAAUAAAGUUUGGCGCUUGUUUUAA